AUGGAAAGAACAAUAAUUAUAUUGGAUGAUUCUUUGGGAAGUGAGGCUCUUAAAGAACGUUAUCUUGAUGAACGUUUUGAAUGGAAGUGUGAUAGGUGUUUAUUGAAUUCUUUGGAUUUUUCUAACGUUUAUUAUUCAAUGGAUGAGUUUCUUAGAUUAAUAGACAAUUUGAAAGAUAAUCGAUUCUUUUCGGAAAUCAUCUUGAAGGCUGUCUCUUAUGUUCCUUAUGUUGUUUCUAAAUGCUCUCCAAACAUGAUGAAACCAUACUAUGUAAGAGAGUUGAUCAGUAGAAAUGUUUCAUGUUACAACUUUUUGGAAUUGCCUUAUUAUUCCAAUGACAGGGAAUGCCUUUUGAAAAUAAUAGCCAAUACUAAUUAUUGUCAGAUAUUGGGUCAAGCUAGUGAAGAGUUGCAAAACGACAAGGCUUUCAUUAUGGAAGCCAUUGAAUGGAAUUACAAGUGUUACUAUUAUUUGAAGGAAAGAAUGAGAAAGGAUAGAGAUAUUGCCUUGUUAGUAGUCUCAAAGGAAGGAUACAUGUUGGAAGAUUCUGAUAUCAAGCACUGCUUUAGUGCAGAUAAGGAGGUUGUUAAAGCUGCUGUCAUGAGUUCACAUUCGGCAAUCAUGUUUGCCAGUUCAAAAUUGAAGGAAGAUCGUGAAUUUUUCAAGAAUGAUAUUCUGCCUUUUGAUCCUUCACUAUUUAGAUAUGCUCACUUACAAUUGAGAAGUGAUAUUACUUAUAUUUCAGAAUUAAUUGUUAACUUUCCGCAAUGUAUUCAGUAUGCUAUUAGUAAUAUUCAAGGAGAUAUUGAAUAUGUUUUGGAACUCAUCAAAAUUAAUCCACUAGUUGUAUUGUAUGCAAAUUGGAAGGAAUUAUCGACAGAAUAUGCUAUCAAGAAGAUUACACAACACGACCUUCCUGAUUCAGUAAUUAGCUCAAUCUAUGAAGAACUAGAUGACGAUUAUGCUCUUGAUAGUUUUGUAAUGAGGAGCAUACAAAGAGAUCCAAAAACAUUGCAAUUGUUCCAUCUACACAAAGGUUGUUUGCAAGUUGUUUCACAUGCCGUCCAAAUUGAUGGUCUCACUUUGGAAUAUGCCGAGCGUCGUAUUAGAAUGGAGAAGGAUAUUGUAAGGAAGGCUUGCAAACAAAAUCCAAACUCCUUCAAGUUUGCUGAUCCAACUCUAAGGCAAGAUUUGGAGUUUGUCUCUGAAUUGAUUGAAAAGGUACAUCCAACUAUAGUUUUUCAUGCUUCCUUGCUUCCAAAAAUUCAAAGAGAUGUGAUUAAAAAAACAUUACUCAAUAACCCAAAACUCCUUAAGGAAGUCAACUGGUGA